UGGUUGGGCCCUGCAGUUGCCCAGUCCAGCCUCCUUCCUUACCCUGAGUCAUCUGCCAGAGCCCUGACUGGAAGGCCAGCUUCCUCACCUUUACAUCCCUGCUCUGCACAAGCCCCAAACCAGGGAAAUUUCCUCCAGGAACUAGAGAGGAAUCUGGCACCCUGCUAGGGACAAGGCAGUGAGACAUUUCCAAAAUGCUACCCCUGGUGAAGACCAUGGCUCUGUUUCCAUCGCUCUCUCUCCUUCUUCUGAGUGUGGUGACAACAUCUUAUUCAGAAAUAGAACCCGGUGAGCACGUUCAAAAGACCUGUCCUGUGAUCACCUGUGCUUCUCCAGGCAUCAACGGCUUGCCAGGCAGAGAUGGGCGUGAUGGCCCCAAGGGAGAAAAAGGAGAACCAGGCCAAGGGCUCAGAGGCAUUCAAGGUCCCCCUGGAAAGUUGGGGCCUCAAGGAAACCCAGGACUCCCUGGCCUACCAGGAAGUGUGGGCCAAAAAGGAGACCCUGGAAAAUGCCCAGGGUGUGAUGAUCGCCUGGCUGCUUUAGAAAGAGAAGCUCUGCGCUCAGAAUUGGAUCGUGUCAAAAAAUGGCUGGCCUUUGCUCUGGGCAAACAAGUUGGAAGGAAGUUCUUCUUGACCAAUGGUGAAAAGAUGACCUUUGACAGAGUGAAGGCGCUGUGCACCCAUUUCCAGGCCUCCGUGGCCACCCCAAUGAAUGCUGAAGAGAACAAGGCCAUCUUGCAUAUAACAGAAGGAGAUGCCUUCCUGGGCAUCACAGAUGAGGAGAGAGAAGGUCAUUUUGUGGAUCUGACAGGAAGGCCUGUGACUUACCAAAACUGGUAUGAUAAUGAGCCCAACAAUGCUGGCUCUGGGGAACACUGUGUGAUGAUCCGGACUGAUGGCAAAUGGAAUGACAUCGACUGCACAGCCUCCCUUUUGGCAGUUUGCGAGUUCUCUGUCUGAGGGAGCCCAUCCCUCAGGCCCUUCUGUCCCUGGACCUCAUCUCAGGCCCACAGUCUGCUUUGAAAGAUAAAACGAUGCCAAUGUCCCCAUGCCCAGGACUGAUGGUACCCUUUGUGGGGAAUCGGAGAAAAUAAGAAUGGACUGAAGGAUGGGAUUUGGAAGUGAGAAGAAACUGACAGGGGUACAGUGAGAGUUUCUGAUUCAAACUCAAUCACUAAUAACAACAACAAAAUUGUAACAGUAAUAGUAAAUAGCAGCUGCAAUAGAAGUACUGAUAUUUUUAAUGUGUGCUAUGAAUCAGACCCUAUAUUAUGCAUUUUAUAUUGAGUGGUGUUAACUUGCUUAGGUAUACAAAUAAAAUACCUUACUAUAAACACCUGU